AUGUGGAAGAAGAAGACUCUUCUUCACCAUUCCGGCUCCAGGCCCUUCUCAUAUAGGAUGGAUGCACGGCGUCGGGGGGGGUCGAAAUUCCCAGAGAUCGACGUCUUUGGUGACGUUUAUGUUCGACCUGGGAAUGAGUUGGCCGAGUCCCUUCAUAGGAGCCAGUUGGUUCUUCAAGAGUCCGCCUCCCAACUUCCUCCCGAGACUCCGAUCGAGUCUGUGGAUCCUCCGCAUGAUGCUGGAUUUCAGAUUUUGACGCAGACGUUGGAUCAGACUCUCGGGAGGAGGCCGGGAACGUAUUGUAGGGGGAUGGGGAAUGCCCGACAGAGGGAACCUCGACCGCGGUCAUCGGCGCAGGCAAACAGUCAGGUGACUGUUUUGACAUCGCGGGUUGCCGAGCUUGAGGGUCAGAUGUCGGUGAUUCUGCAGUCCCUCGCGCGGUCCGGCAUUCCAAUCCCGAAUUUUGGUGCGUCGACCUCCGAGCCCGUCCACCCCGAGCAUCCCCAGCACACCACGGCCCCUGCAGACACCCAUACCUCCGAGCCGCAUGUGGCAGAUGACCAAGUAGAUUUCGGAACAUUAUUUGAUUAG